UAAUAACUUCAUUAGCAAGGUCAUAUGUGCAUUUUUAUAUUAAACUGUGCAUCAAAACGAUCAUCCUCUCCAUCAGAAGCAAUGUUCUCCACUCCAUAUUGUCUCCUGCUGGUUCUGCUGGGACUCCCCUGCGUUCAGUCCAGCGAAAUGGAAGAAGAUGCAAACGGGGCAAACUUAUGCUGUUUUGAAUUUCACAAAACCCCAUUGCUUGCAGAAAAUGUUGUCUCCUACCAAGAAACAAGACCCGACUGUACAAUUCCUGGCAUCAUUUUUACUACAACAAAUGGUUACAGUUUUUGUGCAGACCCUGAGGUGGACUGGGUGAAGAAGAUCAUAAAGAGUAAACCUUCAGCCUAAACAUCAGUCCUUUACUUAAAAAAAAUUGAUGUUACAUAUUCUUUAAAACAGUUUGAUGUUGUAUGCAACAGGACAACACUUUUAUUAAACACCUGUAUUUGCUCUCAAUGAAAUUUAAUUUUUUGCACAAAUUAAAAGACUUUUACAAGUCA